AUGGGUCCUGUCACUCCUAUUUCUCUUUCUGGUGUACUUGAUAUCAACGUUCACGUAUCAUGUCCCACAUCCUGAAGCGCCUCAUGCUUUCCUGGGACGAUUAGAUGACCCUGCCUAUAAUGCUACUGGGAUUACAGUUGCUUAUACACCCAUGACAAGCCGCACAAGACAAAUAAUGAAUAAAGUGGCUUCAGACUCUGUAAUGAUAGGUAUAAAAACUGAAGUGAUGGAAGAUGAAACAGCUCUGGAGGCAGCAUGGAUUUUGAACGACGAAAUUGUAGGGGUUGUAUUUAACGAUGACUUCUCCUAUUGCCUCAGAUUUCCUCCCAGCAAUGUGAUUGCUCCAAAUGAGCAUUUUGGACAGAUAGAUUCUUGUUAUAACUUUUCAGGACAUUACUGCGAUAGUCCAAGAUAUUGGUACAGAGGAUUUCUAUCACUGCAAUCAAGCAUUGAUGCUGCUAUUAUAGAAAUGACGACAAAUCAUUCUGUCUGGGAAGAAAUGAAAUCGAUUAGUGGUGUCCGUAUGGGAUCAUCAUCUUUCAAACCAUCAGUUACCCUGGAACACAGUUUUAUCAUUUUUGCUGUUGCAAUGUGUUUCUCUCCAUUUAUGCACUUUCUGUCAAUCAGUCUUACAAGAGAAAAAAGGAAGCUCAAGGAAUUGAUGAAGACUAUGGGGUUACAGGAUGCAGCCUUCUGGUUAUCCUGGAGUUUGCUGUAUACUGUUUGUGUUUUGAUUAUGGCAAGUCUGCUGACAGCUGUCACAGUUAAUGAAUAUUUCUACACAAGCAGCUUCUUUCCAAUAUUACUUCUGUUUUUCUUUUAUGGCAUAGCAUCUAUCCAUUUCUGUUUCAUGCUCAGUUCCCUCUUAAAGAAGCCUAAAGUCACCAGCUCUGUUGGAUUCCUCCUCACCUUUUUCUCUGCAUGUCUGAGCUUUAUUACAUUGGUGAAAAAACUUCCUGCACCCUUGGAAUGGGCUUUGGGUCUAUUCUGCCCCUUUGCCUUUAUUACUGGAAUCUCAAAGAUUUUGCAUUUAGAAAAAUAUGGAAUGGGUUUCUAUUUUUCUAACAUUAUGGAGGAAUCAUAUGCUGUAUUUACAGCCUAUGUCCUACUGAUUUUUGACAGUGUUUUAUAUAUGCUAUUGGCUAUCUAUUUUGAUAAAGUUUUGCCUGACAAAUACGGUAUGAAAUAUCCCCCUUUGUUCUGCCUGAAGCCAUCAUACUGGUGCCAAAGCAGGAGAGGUUAUGGUGGUAAGAGACCUGAAACGGAACAAAAUCAUGAACGUAUCUUCAAUGACAGCAUGGAGCCAGUGCUUCCAGAAUUUGAGGGGAAGGAAGCCAUCAGACUCAACAAUAUUAAAAAAACAUAUAAAACAAAGAACAAGAAAAUAGAAGCUUUGAGAGGUUUGUUCUUAAAUAUUUAUGAAGGCCAGAUCACUGCGUUACUUGGUCAUAGUGGAGCUGGAAAAACUACACUACUAAACAUCCUGAGUGGACUUUCCCAGCCAUCAGAUGGUUCUGCAACUAUAUACAAAUACAAACUAUCAGAAAUAGAGGAUCUGGAAGAAAUUAGAGCAUUAUUUGGGGUUUGCCCACAAUUCAACGUUCAGUUUGAAGUUUUAACAGUGAAAGAAAAUCUGCGAGUUUUUGCUGAAAUCAAAGGGAUUCGGUCCAUUGAGGUAGAGUAUGAGGUGCAAAAAGUUUUGAAACUGAUGGAUAUUAUCAACUUUCAGGACACCCAAGCUAAUAAAUUAAGUGGUGGACAAAAAAGAAAGUUGUCUCUUGGGAUAACCUUGUUAGGAGAUCCACAGGUUUUGCUAUUAGAUGAGCCAACUGCUGGAUUGGAUCCCCGUUCCAGACAUUUUGUGUGGACCCUACUGAAAGAACGUAGAGCUGGUCGAGUGACACUGUUCGCUACCCAAUUCAUGAAUGAAGCUGAUAUCCUGGCUGACCGGAAAGCUUUUAUUUCACAUGGGAGAAUAAAGUGUGUUGGAUCCUCUCGGUUUUUGAAGAAAAAAUGGGGGAUUGGGUAUCACUUAAGGAUGCAUGUCAGUGAGGUUUGUGACUCUGAGAGCAUGAUAUCCCUGGUCAGACAGUACAUCCCUGAUGCCACAUUCACAGGACAGAAUGGAAAUGAACUGAGUUAUACGCUGCCCUUAGAAAAUGUGGAUAAAUUUCCAGAUCUGUUCUGUGGCCUAGACAGCCACUCUGACCAAGGGAUUAUUAAUUAUGGCGUUAGCAUGACAACCCUCGAAGAUGUCUUCCUGAAGCUGGAGAGUGAAGCAGCACUUGAUCAAGAAGAUUAUGGUGUUUUCAGUGAGGAGCAGGCAGAAGAGGAAAGAGAUGCCUUCUCUGCUGAUGAAAUGGAACAAGGUCUCCUGUCACUCUCAGACAUAGGAAAGGCGACUGUAAGUGGCACAGCCCUCUGGAGACAGCAAGUCUGUGCCAUGGCAAGAGUUCGCUUUUUAAAGCUAAAGCAUGAAGAUAAAACCCUUAGGUUCAUAUUACUGCUGUGUGGACUUUUUAUGCUACCGUUAGCUAUCCAAUUUAUCAUAAUUCACUUAUGGAAACAAUUCAAUUCUUGGGAGCUGUCCUCUGGUCUGUAUUUUUUUCCUCCUGGAAAACAAUCUCACAAGGAAGUCACAAGCCUUCUAGUCUUCAAUGAAACAGGUGGGGACUUUUUACCAAAGACCCGAGGAGAACUUUUAUUGUUUAAAAAACAAAACAAAAAACAACAACUUCAAAGAUUGCGAUUUCUCUGCUGUUGCUUCAUACUAGGUUCAAGUAUUCAGGACUUCAUCCAUGCCCUGGAGACUCAGAACAUAAUGCUGGAAAUAGCAAAAGGGAAAAAUAUCACAGAGAAGCUAAUACAUAAUGGGGCUAUACAAGUAUCCUGUGAGCACCAGAGCUACAGGUUUACAGUUAUGUGCAGCAUAGAAACAAUCAACUGCUUUCCAGUGCUUGUGAACAUCAUCAGCAAUGCAUUGCUGCGAACCUUAAAUUCCACAGCACAAAUUCGAAUCUGGAGUCAUCCAUUUUUUCCUGAGAAUCAUCAAGGAUUAUGGAAUUAUUUUAUUGAUAUCUAUCUUUUUUUUUUGCUGUUUUUAAUUCCUGGUUUCCCACCUCACUUUGCAAUGAACAGCAUACAAGAUUAUAAGAUAAAAGCUCAUUCCCAGCUGCGGGUCUCUGGGCUCUUCCCUUCAGCCUACUGGUGUGGGCAGGCUCUGGUGGAUAUUCCCCUGUACUUGAUUCUUCUCUUCUCAAUGUUUGGAGUUAUCUUUGCAUUGAGUUACAGAAUUUCUAAGAGUGCCGGUGAAGCUCUUGCCCUGUUUACCGGUAUUACUGGCUAUGGAAUUUCUAUGAUCCUGUUCGUAUAUUUAAUUGCCUUCACAUUUCGAAAGCGAUGCAACAGCUGUGAUUUUUGGUCGUUUAUCCUCAUAGCGGUAACGCUGCUUAUCUUCAUUAUUGAUACCAUCAUGCGGAUCGCUUCCAUAGAGACAAUUUUCCAUUAUUUCUUGUCCAUUUUGAUUCCUGUGUAUCCAUUAAUAGAUGUUGUGAUCCGGUCUCAGAAGAUUUUUUUAGAAUACGAGGCUUUCAGUUUUACUGGCAAUUGGAGCGACAUAUUCGUAUCUGUCUUUGCACCUUACCUCCACUGUGCAGUUUUCCUUUUUCUUCUUCGAUGGCUGGAGGUGAAAUAUGGAAGAGCAGUUAUGAGAGAGGAUCCGAUUUUUAGAAUUCCCCCGAGGAAAGAGAUCAACCAUCAAAAUCCUGAAGAACCAGAAGAAGAAGAUGAGGAUGUGCAAGCUGAAAGGGCAAGAGUUAGGGAAGCAAUAGCUUCUGAAAAUCAGGAAGAGAAACCAAUUAUCAUUGUCAACGAUCUGCGCAAGGAAUAUAAAGACAAGAAAGCCAGUUCGGUUUUUAAGAAAAGGAAGAAAGUGGCCACUAAAAAUGUCUCUUUUUGUGUGAAAAAAGGAGAGAUAUUCGGACUAUUAGGACCCAACGGAGCUGGUAAAAGCACAACCAUCAAUAUGAUUACCGGAGAGAGAACACUGACUGCUGGGCAGGUGCUGACGAAGGGGAAAGGUGCCGCUGCCUCUCAACUGCAAGAGAGCACCACUGGCUUUCUAGGUCACUGCCCUCAGGAGAGCCCUCUCUGGCCAAACCUUACUGUGCAACAACAUCUGGAGGUUUAUGCAGCUGUGAAAGGGAUGAGGAAAGAAGAUGCUGCUGUUACGAUCAAACGGAUAGCAAAGGCUCUAGAAAUUCAAGAUCAUGUCAACAAAGUGACUAGGAAAUUAUCUGCUGGGAUAACUCGAAAGGUGUGUUUUGCACUGAGCAUGCUGGGUAAUCCGACAGUUCUGCUUCUGGAUGAACCAUCAACUGGAAUGGACCCUAAAGGGCAAAGUCACAUGUGGAAAGCAAUUCGGGCUGCACUGAAGAACAAGGAACAAGGAGCCAUCCUCACAACCCAUUACAUGGAAGAGGCUGAGGCAGUGUGCGAUCGAGUGGCCAUCAUGGUGUGUGGAAAGCUCCGGUGCAUUGGUGCUGUUCAGUACCUGAAAAGCAAGUUUGGCAAAGGUUACUUACUGGAAAUUAAAGUGAAAGACCCAGCACAGGUUGAUUGCCUCCAUAUGGAGAUUCUGAAGAUCUUCCCGCAUGCAGAUCGUCAGGAACGGGUUUCUUCUUUGCUGGUUUACAAGAUACCAAUGCAAGAUGCACUGCCUUUGUCCCAGACGUUCUCCAAGCUAGAGGCAGCCAAACGAACCUUCAGCCUCGAGGAGUACAGCUUUUCUUUGAACACUUUGGAGCAGGUGUUCUUAGAACUCUCCCGUGAGCAAGAAAUGGAUAAUUUUGAUAUGGCUUUGGAAGGAACUUUUGAGUGGAAAAGACUUCAGCAGGAAGACCUUUAAAAAUGUUCCAUUAUAUUUUAAUCAGUAUGGAUGUGUGUGAUUUAAUAAUGCACAUAUAUGCUAUCGUUUCCACACACUUAUCAGCACAAUAAAAAUUGAGGCCUGUAGCUUUGCAGCUUCUGUACUUUGGAGAAGGGAAUAAUUUUUCCUAAAUUAGCCCCUCUUUUGAGAAAAGGAUAUUUUUAAAGGUGAAGCCAUUGGGGUACUCAAGGUGAAUUGCUCUGCAUACAAUAGGUGUUAGAGAAAGUACAGGCCUGCAGCUGUGAAACAAGUCAGUGAACUUGACAGAUGGGUUGGGCUGGUUGAUAUGGAUGUGGACGCAUGCUUUGAAGUGAACAGUUAACUAAAUAUGGAUCUGCCUUUUUAGCCAGAGUUUUAUUCUGUAGUUAAAAAACAUCUUCAGUCUCCGCCAUCCAAAUGAGGCUCUGGGUCAGAUCUUCAGCUCAUGCAAAGCCGCACAGAGCUGUUAAUUGAGCGGUGCCCAUUUAUUCCCACUAAGAUUCUGCCUGCCUCGUUUACAGAUGUUAUAUAAACCAUGCAGCAAGUGUACAGUGCUUUACAUGGUAUAACACAAACAGUAAAACUUUGAACUUGGAAGUAAUUGUUUGGUGGGAGUGCUGCAGCACAAGUGUGAAUGGGGAUGACGUGUGCAUCCGAGCAAGGCUAGUCAUGACGCAGAAUCCGACUCCUCACACUCAAACCCUUUGCAGUGCCUCUCCCUUAGUCUGAAGAGAACAGGGUAGGAAUGAGGGCUAAAGCCUCACAAAUCCCCUGAGAGGUAAGUAUUAGCCCUAUGGAGGUUAAUGAGGCAAAGAAAGGGUAAGUGACUUGGCCAAGGUCGCAGGGUGAGUUAGUGGCAAAGCAGUGACUGGAGCUCAAGUUCCUGUCUCCAUUCCUGUGCACUUUCCUCUGAAGGGAAGGGAAUAACUGAGAAACACAGUCAUCUAGUGCACAGAAAAAAAGGUCAGUUUAUAUAUAGUGCAUCUGUUUUCUUUCUAUCUUUAAUUAUAAAAUCUAAGCCCUUAUAGGGUCAUUUAUUACGUUUGCCUCAUCAGAGAAGAAGCCUGUACGAAGUUGAGCCUUCAGUCAUAGGUGGGUGACUUCAAACACACGACAGUUUAGUCAGUGGAGUAACUAGAAAUGAGUCCGCGUCCACAAGAAGAUACUUACGCUCUGUUUGCUUACAAUAUAUCACUAUCACGAGUCAAACUUGCUGCUUAUUGGAGUCUGAACCAGCAUCAUAUAGGUAGAAAACGUCCUGUUUGUUUCAUGGGAACAAUUUAUUAUCGCCCACUUGUUCAUUUGCAACAGUUAUAAGUAUGUAGCAGCCUGCAGAUUUAACUGGCUUUUCUUACCACUCUGUGGAUUGAAACAUAAAGAAAAGGUGCUGAAACCGCUUAUAAAAUUCAUCCUUUUCCCUAAGUGUUUAAGAUAAUUUGCUGCAUAAAUCAUCCCAGAACCAUCCACCCCUCGCGUUGACUUUGCUGUGUACUAUUCUGUUGGCUCUGUUAUAUAACAAUAUAUUUUAUCAGCUUGUGCUUUUAGGUAGGGUUCAGUGACUCUUAACUGUUUAGUGCAUUACAAUUGUACAGCGCUGCAUACCUCUACAGCUUGGUGAGAAUACUACCUGCGUAGUCAAUACUUCAUUAUCUUUAAAGGUAGAAAGACAUUUAGGCCCAGAUUUUUAAGAGCGCUUAGGGGUUUCAGCACUCAGCACUGCAGCACCUAACUAAUUUAGGAGCCCAUCAGUGGUUUUAAAUUCCUCUGUGCCUAAGUCCCUUCUGAAAAUAAGAUUUAGGCUCCUAAAUUAGUUAGGCGUUGCAAUUCUGAGUACUGCAACACCUAAAUACCUUUUAAAAAUCUGGGCUUUCAGUUCUACUUUGUGGGAGCUCUACAAUUCAGACAGUUGGGGCACUUCCCCCCACUCAGAAAAAGGAGAAGAUAAAAUGAUGUUUUAAAUCUCUUAAUAUAAGAGAUUACCUUUUCCGGAUGGUGGGUUCAUUCAGGUCAGCAGUUCUGGAGCACCAGACUGUGUAGUGAAGAUGGGCAUAUUCUAAUAGUGGGCUCCAGGGCCCCAAUCCCGCGGGGUUCUGAAAGAAUCCCGAGAGUUGCUUUGUGCGUUCCACUUCCACUGGAAUCAUAGAAGAUCAGGGUUGGAAGGGACCUCAGGAGGUCAUCUAGUCCAACCCCUUGCUCAAAGCAGGACCAAUCCCCAACUAAAUCAUACCAGCCAGGGCUUUGUCAAGCCUGACCUUAAAAACCCUCAAAGGAAGGAGAUUCCACCACCUCCCUAGGUAAUGCAUUCCAGUGCUUCACCACCCUCCUAGUGAAAAAGUUUUUCCUAAUAUCCAACCUAAACCUCCCCCACUGCAACUUGAGACCAUUACUCCUCGUUCUGUCAUCUGCUACCACUGAGAACAGUCUUUCAGGUAGUUGAAACCAGCUGUCAAAUCCCCCCUCAUUCUUCUGCAGACUAAACAAUCCCAGUUCCCUCAGCCGCGCCUCAUGAGUCAUGUGUUCCAGUCCCCUAAUCAUUUUUGUUGCCCUCCGCUGGAUGCUUCCAAUUUUUCCACAUCCUUCUUGAAGCGUGAGGCCCAAAACUGGACACAAUACUCCAGAUGAGGCCUCACCAAUGUCGAAUAGAGGGGAAUAAUCAUAUCCCUCGAUCUGUUGGCAAUGCCCCUACUUAUACAGCCCAAAAUGCAAUUGGCCUUCUUGGCAACAAGGGCACACUGCUGACUCAUAUCCAGCUUCUUGUUCACUGUAACCCCUAGGUCCUUUUCUGCAGAACUGCUGCCUAGCCAUUCGGUCCCUAGUAUGUAGCGGUGCAUGGGGUUCUUCCGUCCUAAGUGCAAGAUUCUGCACUUGUCCUUGUUGAACCUCAUCAGAUUUCUUUUGGUCCAAUCCUCUAAUUUGUCUAGGGCCCUCUGUAUCCUAUCCCUACCCUCCAGCGUAUCUACCAUUCCUCCCAGUUUAGUGUCAUCUUCAAACUUGCUGAGGGUUCAAUCCACGCCAUCCUCCAGAUCAUUAAUGAAGAUAUUGAACAAAACCAGCCCCAGGACCGACCCUUGGGGCACUCCACUUGAUACCGGCUGCCAACUAGACAUGAAGCCAUUGAUCACUACCCGUUGAGCCUGACAAUCUAGCCAGCUUUUUAUCCACCUUAUAGUCCAUUCAUCCAGCUCAUACUUCUUUAACUUGCUGACAAGAAUACUGUGGGGGACCGUGUCAAAAGCUUUGCUAAAGUCAAGGAAUAACACGCCCACUGCUUCCCCCUCACAGAGCCAGUUAUCUAGUCAUAGAAGGCAAUUAGAUUAUUCAGGCAUGACUUGCCCUUGGUGAAUCCAUGCUAACUGUUCCCGAUCACUUUCCUCUCCUCUAAGUGCUCCAGAAUUGAUUCCUUGAGGACCUGCUCCAUGAUUUUUCCAGGGACUGAGGUGAGGCUGAAGGGCCUGUAGUUGCCAGGAUCCUCCUUCUUCCCUUUUUUAAAGAUGGGCAUUACAUUAGCCUUUUUCCAGUCGUCCGGGACUUCCCCCGAUCGCCAUGAGUUUUCAAAGAUAAUGGCCAAUGGCUCUGCAAUCACAUCUGCCAACUCCUUUAACUCUCUCGGAUGCAGCACAUCCGGCCCCAUGGACUUGUGCUCAUCCAGCUUUUCUAAAUAGUCCCGAACCACUUCUUUCUCCACAGAGGGCUGGUCACCUCCUCCCCAUGCUGUGCUGCCCAUUGCAGUAGUCUGGGAGCUGACCUUGUUUGUGAAGACAGAGGCAAAAAAAGCAUUGAGUACAUUAACUAUUUCCACAUCCUCUGUCACUAGGUUGCCUCCCUCAUUCGGUAAGAGGCCCAUACUUUCCUUGACUUUCUUCUUGUUGCUAACAUACCCAAAGAAACCCUUCUUAUUACUCUUAACAUCUCUUGCUAAUUGCAACUCCAAGUGUGAUUUGGCCUUCCUGAUUUCACUCCUGCAUGCCUGAGCAAUAUUUUUAUACUCCUCCCUGGUCAUUUGUCCAAUCUUCCACUUCUUGUAAGCUUAUUUUUUGUGUUUAAGAUCACUGGAUGUAUUGGGCUGAGCUACAGUAUUGUUAGGGUCAGACAAAAGAUUUUUAUUCUGCCAUAUUAAAGGCAACGGGCCUGAGUCUCUGGCCAACUUCAUUCCCUUUGCACCUUCCUUGUGGUGCAAAAGCAAUGCAAUUUGGCCCCAAUGUUCCUGCUAAUAGGUGCAAAGCUGGCAUAGGAGGCUCUGUGAAGGAAGAGUGGCUAGAGCUCUGCUUGACUAAAUAAAGCCCCUUGGGGACCAUUGCUAGAUGGUGAGAGUUAGAACAGCCCCCAGGCUGUUCUAACAUGCACUCAGGCUGAAGCUGGGGGAAGAGAAUUGGGGAAUCACAACCUGCUGCCUGAUGGCACCCCCAACAAGCACACUUUGCGUGGCUCAGUGGACACUAGCACGACAGAGAACCUGCCCCCAAUAUUUCAAUGUUCUCUGCUUCCUGUCCAUCAAGCAAAACGUUUAGACAUAUUUACCCAAAAUGUAUUUAUGUUUAGCUACAUUUUAUUUCUGUACUCUGCCAAUUAAAGUCCGAUUUUGUUGAAACCAGAGGUACAUUAUAAGUUUCCAAAUGUAUCCUGUCGCAAUACUUUCCAAAAACACACUUCUCAGUUUGGAAGUAAACAAGGCAUUUUACCCCUGUAAAGGAGUUUGCUCAAUGCAGUAGCGCCUCCUCGUGGUCAGAUGUGGUGUAGCGGCUGUCUCCCCAUAAUCACCACCACCAGCCCCACCUCAGCUGGGCUUCAUUCAAUUAAGCUUGGCUUUCUCUCUCUCUCUCUCAGGUGUUGCCAGGUAUGCUAUUUGGCCUCUCAGGCCCACAUUAACCACUUCGAGGCCUGUGUGGGAUACAUCCCUAGUUGCCAGGCCUGAAGACUCAACCUGUGCUGUGAAAUUCAAGCUGUGCUCUUUCUAGCUAAUCUGCAGAAAAGGACCUGGGGAUGACAGUGGACGAGAAGCUGGAGAUGAGUCAGCAGUUUGCCCUUGUUGCCAAGAAGGCCAAAGGCAUAUUGGGCUGUUUUAGUAGGAGCAUUGCCAGCAGAUCAAGCAAAGUGAUUAUUCCCCUCUAUUCAGCACCGGUGAGGCCACACCUGGAGUACUGCGUCCAGUUUUGGUCCCCCACUACAGAAGGGAUGUGGACAAAUUGGAGAGAGUCCAGCAGAAGAGAACAAAAAUGAUUAGGGGGCUGGGGCACAUGACUUACAAGGAGAAACUGUGGGAACUGGGGUUAUUUAAUCUGUAGAAGAGAAGAGUGAGGGGGGAUUUGAUAGCAGCCUUCAACUACCUGAAGGGGGGUUCCAAAGAGGAUGGAUCUAGACUGUUCUCAGUGGUAGCAGAUGACAGAACAAGGAACAAUGGUCUCAAGUUGCAGUGGGGGAGGUCUAGGUUGGAUAUUAGGAAACACUAUUUCACUGGGAGGGUGGUAAAGCACUAGAAUGCGUUACCUUGGGAGGUGGUGGAAUCUCCAUCCAUGGAGGUUUUUAAGGACUGGCUUGACAAAGCUUUAGCCCAGUGAGCCAGCUUACCUGUAUUCUAUUCAUUGCUUUGUUGUUCUGCUUUACUAUAUUUAGUAAUAAUGCAAGGAACCUACAGGCUUUUAUCCUGUAAGAUUUGGCUUCAGUGGAUAGUAUGAGGCUUGAGGCCUACAAUCUUUGGUAUAAAUAAACUUAAGCAACUCAUAAAUUAUAGGGAACUAAAAGUAGCAUGCAAGAGGGGAAAUUUUGUCCCGGAUACUGACUUCAGCCACCCACAGAACAUAGCUGACACCAGCAUUCGGAAGGUUUCAGACAGAACCCCUGACCGCAAAGGAGCCAUGACAGAAAAUUGACAUGUAUGCUAAUAGGGUAACGUCAUACAUAUCCUAACCUAUAGAAAACGGACAGCUUAAGGGAAGGAAAUACAAAUAAAGACCUCUAUUGAAUAUGCAUUGGACAUGGCAGCGUCAGUGUAACCUACUAUAAAAGUAACAUCCCACAGGCAGCAGAUAGGUUGUAGAGAUGUAGACCUUGGGAGGGGCCAGAAUGAUGGCCACUGGGGAAGAUGAGGACGAUGACGGUGAUGAGAAAGAUAAUGGUUAAGUAUGUAAGAUAAUGGUUAAGUAGGUUAAGAAAGAUACAGGUGUAAGUAUGGAUGUCCAAAUGUACUUUCUGUAUUUAUCUCUAUCUGCCUUGUUAAAUUUAAGUGUGUGUAUAAU